GGGCGACUCCACAGUCAACAGCGACACCGACACCGACACCGACGUCGUCGUCUCCAGCUCCACAUCUCGAACUUCCACCACGACACCGCCAAACCUCCACCCCAAACUAUACCUCCCACACCACGCCGACGCCGCGACCAUGUCCAACCUCAUCGACGCCGACGCCGGCACCGAGCGCUUCGGUGGCUAUGAAGCCGAGCUGAAGCUCGUGCAAGCGGACCUGUCGCAGCAAAUCGAGCAGAUCAAGGAAUCAACGGGCGAGCCGCGCAAAGCCGCAAUCAGCAGAGCCGAGCGCGCGCUGGAAGAGGCCGACGAGCUGAUCGGCCAGAUGCGCCUCGAGAAGUCCAACAUCCCCGUGAACCUCAAGAGCAAAUACAACGCCAAGUUCCGCAACUUCGAGUCCGACCUCGACGCCGCCAAGCGCAAGCUGCAGCAGUACACCAACGACAAGGCCAAGCUGUUCGGCAGCCGCUACACCGACGACCCGGAGCAGGGCGACGUCCAGCUCGAGCAGCGCCAGCAGCUGCUGUCCGGCACCGACCGCCUGAACCGCAGCUCCGGCCGCCUGCGCGAGAGCCAGCGCAUCGCCCUCGAGACGGAGCAGAUUGGCGCAGGCACCCUGAGCGACCUGCACCGCCAGCGCGAGACCAUCGAGCACACGCGCUCCACCCUGCUGGAGUCGGAGAGCUACACAGACCGCAGCAUCAAGACGCUGCGGGGGAUGGCGCGCCGCAUGGCCACAAACCGCAUCAUCACCAUUGCCAUCAUCACCGUGCUGGUGCUGCUCAUUAUUGCCGUCAUCUGGAGCAAGUUCCGAUGAGCCUUGUUCAUUUAGCGUUCUCGUUUAGUCUGGCGUUUGGAGCCAUGGUAGUGUACAUAUCGGCGCGGCGCAAUUGCAUGUUUUACGACCUGUCAGCUUCACGUGCAACAUCUCA